GUUUGAUAUUUAAGGCGGGAUUAGCUACAGGCGAUUACCACGGUCAGAUGAAUCGGGAAAGUUUCACACGCUGGCUCACAGAAAAACUCCUCCCGAAUAUACCUGCCAAUUCGGUUAUAGUAUUUGACAAUGCUCCAUAUCAUUCCGUCCAGGAAGAUAAAACCCCGACAAAAUCAUCUUCGAAAAAAGAUAUAAUGGCCUGGUUGACAAAGAAAGGCAUAAAUCAUGAGGCAACUGCCAGAAAAUUUGACUUGUUCGAUCUGGUCUUACUUCAUAAGCCCUGACAACCAAAAAAUUAUGUAGUUGAUCG